CUCUGACCACCAGAACUUGACUAGAACCAAGUUCGUUCCUUGCCUAAUCCUCUCUUCAUCCCGUUCCCGUCCUUCUUAUUCAACGUAAAAAUGCGUGAGGUUAUCUCUCUCCACGUUGGUCAGGCUGGUGUUCAGAUCGGUAAUGCCUGCUGGGAAUUGUACACUCUCGAACAUGGUUUGAGCCCUGAUGGUCGUCUCAUGGAAGGAUCCCCUUCUUCGACGGACAGUGGCUUCUCCACGUUCUUCUCUGAGACUGGUUCAGGAAAACACGUUCCUCGCUCAUUAUAUAUUGAUCUCGAACCGGGAUGCAUCGACGAUGUGAAGACUGGCCCCUACAGGUCACUCUUCCAUCCAGAGACUAUGAUCACGGGCAAGGAGGAUGCCGCGAACAACUACGCUCGUGGUCAUUAUACUGUCGGGAAAGAACUCAUCGACCCCGUCAUGGAUAAAUUACGAAGACUCGCUGACAACUGCUCGGGUCUCCAAGGAUUUUUCGUGUUCCACUCCUUUGGUGGUGGAACUGGUUCCGGUUUCGGUGCGCUCUUACUAGAGAAGCUGUCGACAGAUUAUGGCAAAAAGUCCAAGCUGGAGUUCUGUGUAUACCCUGCGCCUCAACUCUCCAGCUCUGUUGUCGAACCCUACAACUCUGUACUCACCACUCAUACGACCCUCGAGCAUUCUGACUGUUCUUUCAUGGUCGACAACGAAGCUAUUUACGACAUUUGCAAGAAGAAACUCGGAGUCGUUUCGCCUAGUUUCUCUAACCUGAAUCGUUUGAUUGCUCAAGUUGUAUCUUCAAUCACGGCCUCUCUCCGAUUUGACGGAUCCCUGAACGUCGAUCUAAAUGAGUUCCAGACCAACUUGGUUCCCUUCCCCCGUAUCCAUUUCCCCCUCGCGACAUAUGCCCCUCUUUUGUCUGCAGACAAGGCAAAUCACGAACAAAACUCUGUCGCCGAAAUGACUUUCUCUUGCUUCGAAAAUGGCAACCAGAUGGUAAAGUGCGACCCCAAGGAGGGGAAAUAUAUGGCUUGCUGCCUGUUGUAUCGUGGUGAUGUUGUUCCCAAAGACGUGCAAGCGGCGGUUGCUACCAUUAAAACCAAGCGAACUAUACAGUUCGUCGACUGGUGUCCUACCGGUUUCAAGCUGGGUGUUUGCAACGAGCCUUCCGCCUGUGUACCUGGUGGUGACCUCGCCAAGACCUCACGCAGUCUCUGCAUGCUGUCAAACACCACCGCCAUCUCUGCAGCAUGGGGCCGCCUCGAUUACAAGUUUGACCUUAUGUACUCCAAGCGCGCCUUCGUGCACUGGUAUGUCGGAGAAGGUAUGGAAGAGGGUGAAUUUUCUGAGGCUCGCGAAGAUCUUGCCGCGCUUGAGAAAGACUAUGAGGAGGUUGGUACUGACUCUGCCGACGCCGAGGAGGAUGGUGAAUACUAAGGGAUAUAAUGUGGAUUUCUUUUUGUCGCCGUUUCCCUUCCUAAAAUACCCCUUCAGUAUGAAUUCCCGGCCGACUUUCCUUUCAUCGUUUCACGUUUCCUAGUAUCUCUCCGUGAAUAUCGUUUGCAUACUCACUUAUCAAUCAUUAAAGUGUUUUUACAAUAAUAAUUCAUCUGUGCGGAGUAGUUAUGUAAAUUUGAUUGUGCCAGUCAAUCCAACAUGAUCU